AUGUCGACAGUUACUCCUAUCUUCAAAAAUGGUGUGCGGAUGCUGUGUGAUAACCACGGUUGCAUCAGCCUGGUAGCUGUGGCAUCGAAUGUGCUCUUUGGCUUCUCGUUUCGUUUCCCAGGGCCCCGUAUGGUGUGGACAAAUAGCUUAGCAACUGAGAAACGGGCACAUCCGGAAGCUACAGUCCGAGCUGUGUUGUGUGGUUAUGAGACUUGGCCUGGCCGAGCAUCGGAACUGACGCAUCUUCAGGUUUUCGACAACCGUUGUUUCAGUACCAUAGCUCGUGUGGGUUGGUGUCGGAUGAUCCUUAACGAGGCAGUUGGAAAGGGACUCUACACUCCUUACUCUUAACUGUGAUACGCGGUUGACACAUACUGAAUGUGCUUGGCACAAUGCAUCAGAUCUCCAAUUGCAGAUUAUCGAUCGGCGAUCAAGGGCUGGCACCAAACGAUUGUCUCCGUCUAUUUCACAAACUAACCAACCUAUUUCUUUAUCAAAGUGGCCAAUUUCCCGACUUCACAUUAAUGCAAAGACCAAAGACAGCCUACGAAUAUUUGCGGUCAUGUCAGGGAACGGAUGCGCAUAAGGUUGUCAAAUUCCUUGAUUCUCUACAAGAGCUGGAGCAGCACCUGUCUGAACUGCCGUUUCCGGUACAUUAUUGUUUAAUCUUACUCGGUGGACUACCUUCUCAUCCAAAACGCGCAUUUUUGGUGGAUUUUGUCGGUUCUUCUCCUCAAGACACAUUUACUGAUGAAGCUGUCAUCAGCCCGUCUACUCCCAACCGCAGCGAGCCCAUUUUCUCUGACUUUUUUCGAUCAUUUGUUCAACAUCCUUUUUAUCAGCUGUUGAUGGAAGGAGCACCUCCUACUCGAACUUUUUUCUACUUUUAUAUGCCCACAAAUUACGAGUCUAAGUGGUUUCUACCACGUCCGAAUUUCCGUCUAUUCAGAAAAUGCCCAGUAUAUGUGUUACAAAUUCUGACCGAUUCAAAACACUCAAUGAUUCUCGAUGAUUUGGAAGCAGACCGCUGUUUGCUUGAUAUCAACAAAAUCCUUUACGGGGAAUCGUCGGACCGAAUGUGGUACGCUUCCCCGGUGAGUGUGGAAGGAUUUCGAGGAGGUGUCGUCUGAAACUGUAAUCCUGUCCACACUCUCUUUCAAAUAUGUGUUCGAGGUUCUACUCGGUUUUUUAUUACUUCACCCUACUGUCAAUUCCUGACUGUACAUAGUUUGACAUUCUAAAUGAAGAGUGGAUGAAUGAAUGAAUGAAGAAUAAACAGACUCGUUGCAUGCGGUGUUAUAAAUCCAUAUGGGAUAAGCGGCAAUUGGAAUACACGCUGAUAUUCUUAUCUUGCUUGGUACCGGUUUAACUUUCGGACGUUCCUCCGUGUUUUUCGACAAGUUCGAUUUGUGCAAUGACAAUACGGCCUAUUUUGAACGAUUUGAGCAUGUCGUAGACUGACAGAGCCGCGACGGAUACACUUGUGAGCGCCUCCAUUUCCACGCCCGUUGAUUGUGCAACCGCUUUUGAUGUGGACUCGAUCCAAACCGAUCCAUCUUCGAACCACACAUCUGUUGAUAUGUGUGUAAGUGGGA